AUGCCUAAACCGGCCGCCGAAACGUCCGACGCUAACGUCGCCUUCAUGGCCGCCUACGCGAGUCUCGGCUAUAAGCGCACUCAAAACACCGCUAUCCACCCCACACGGGCCAGCAAGCCCAAGCCCAAGCCGUACGAUCGCCCCGAGUCCUCGCAGCACGCCUUGUGGCGCAUGCAACAAAGCACCCUCUUGCGCGGCGCCUCCGCUGGCAGCCGUGUCGGCCGGACCAUUUACAAUCAGCACGCGAGCGCGCAGAUCCGAGUCGAAGCGCUCGCCGAGGCGGCGCGCAUCAUCAAGGAGGAGGACGAGUUGGACGGCGCGGGCGAGCUAUACCUCGCCGACUGGUCGAGUGCGCUCUCGGGCGCUUUGAGAAUCAAAACGGAGUGGGCCGAGCCGACACUGCUGCCGCAGACGCCGGAGAAACAGUCAGAGGCGCUGGCGACGCCACAGCUGUCACCCGCAGGAUCGUCGCGGCUUUCUUCGCCUACGUCGUCGAUCCUUUCCACGCCCGGGCCCCACUGGUCGCCGUUUGGAGACGCCGCGCAGGGUGAUGACGAUGUGUUGCCGUCGCCACCGGAGCCGGUGACUGUCGUGAAGAUUGAGGAGGAGAUUGCAGAGGACGCGGCCCGUCUGUUCGCGGAGAUGUAUACCAACGAGGAUAGCGUUUUCCUUUGA